GCUUCCGUGUGGAGUUGGUCGACUUUUGAUCGAUUUGUUUUUUUUGGAGCAACGCAGCAGAUUUAAUGCGCUCAAAGAGCAGUUAUGCGGUUUAAACAGAAGUAUAACACUUAGUUUGUGAUUUUUCCUAACGGUGGUAGUGGGUUUUUGUGUUUUUCCGGGUGGGCUAUGGAGAGGUUUGAGGGCUACAUUUUUACGGCUAUGUGCAGCACGAACUUUUUGAUUUCCUGUUUGCUCUUUUCCACGGUCACUCGGGACCAGAAGGAACCCUACAUGGACGAGGUUUUUCACGUCCCACAAGCUCAAAAGUACUGUCAGGGAAAAUUCCACGAGUGGGACCCAAUGAUCACGACUCUCCCAGGCCUUUACCUCGUCUCUGUGGGGGUCAUCAAGCCUGUGGUGUGGCUGGCUGACCUGAGGGGCGAAGUGGUGUGUUCCACGCCCAUGCUACGCUUCAUCAACCUGCUCUUCAACUGUGGCAACCUUUACCUGCUCUACCUCCUCAUUUGCAAACUGCACAUCAGGGAGAAGACACGGACAACCUCCCGCCGAGUCCUGUCGGCGCUCUCUCUCUCGACGUUCCCCGUGCUCUUCUUCUUUAAUUUCCUCUACUACACAGACGCUGGGUCAACGUUCUUCAUCUUGUUUACCUACCUCAUGAUGCUUUACGGCUGCCACAAGGCCUCGGCGUUCCUCGGUGUCUGUGCCAUCCUUUUCCGCCAGACCAACAUCAUCUGGGUAGCAUUCUGUGCCGCAACUCUGGUCACUGCCAAAAUGGACGAGACCUGGAGGUUGACGCACAGCAAAAAGAGGGACGAAAAGUCUCCCUUGUCUCAGGUUCCUCUGUCAGUCAUCGGAGUGAAGAAAGUGAUGCUCUUCACACUGGAGUUCCUUACCUCACCCAUUCAUGUAAAGGCGGUGUUGCAGGUGGCGUGGCCUUACGCCAUCGUAGGCACGAGCUUCGUGGCAUUUGUGGUGCUGAACGAUGGGAUAGUAGUGGGUGACCGAAUGAGCCACGAGGUCUGCCUCAACUUCCCCCAGCUCUUCUACUUUUUUGCAUUUGCCGCAGCCUUUUCUCUCCCCACUUCGCUUUGUUAUUACCGCAUCGUUCGCUUCUUUCAAGCGAUGAAAAAGCACCCUUUGCUCUUUCUCUUAAUCACUGGAGUCUGCAUCCUCCUGGUGUGGAAGUUCACUUUCAUCCACAAGUACCUGCUGGCAGAUAACCGCCAUUUUCCCUUCUACGUGUGGAAAAGGCUUUUCCAGAGGCACGACUCUGUACGCUUUCUCCUCAUCCCCGCAUACGUGUUUGCUGGCUGGAAUUUCCUGGACUCCCUCAAAUCACGCUCACUAUUCUGGACUUUGGCGUUCAUGGUGUGCCUCCUGGCUGCCACAGUCCCCCAGAAGCUCCUGGAGUUCAGGUAUUUCAUUGUUCCCUACUUGAUGUACCGCCUGCACAUGCCUCUCCCUUCUCUUCCCAGACUUCUCCUGGAGUUAGGCCUGUACACAGCGGUCAAUGUGGUCACACUUUACAUCUUUCUGACAAAGACCUUCCACUGGCCAAACAGCACAGCGACACAGAGGUUCAUGUGGUGAACAAAAGUGAUCAGACAUCAGGAGAAGAAUGGAUUGUUUUCUCCAAUAUUAUGAAAAACUUGAUUGUUCAGUCUUUUGUCACUGUUAGUUUUUUGUGUGCGUGUGUGUGUGUGUGUGAGAUUUUAGAAAUAAGGGGAUGACAGAGUGCCUGCCUGGGUGGUUGCCUUCUAGGAGCCAAGGUGGUUUCAUGGUCUUGUGGAUGUGUUGAAGCUUGGCACCAGCGUGUGCACCUAGAUUUGAUUUGUAACUGAUAAUAUUGUAAUUUUAUUUUUUAAGAGUGUGCAGAAAAUAACUUUCAAAUGGUGGCACAAGCACCAAAUUUGAUCCAAUACUCCUAAAACAUUGCUUAUGAAAAUAUAGAUGGCCACAAGAAUUUUUAAAAUUUAGAAAAGCAACAAGAAAUGGCCACCAUUCUGACAUACUGAAUUGCACAGAAUCUUGCCCCCACAAGGACCAGUUUGACUGAUUUUGGUGUUCUGACCACGGAGAAAUAAGUCCUAUAUAGCCCCAGAGACCUAACGGCCUGGUACCCAUCACCGUACAUCAUGGUACAAGCACAUGACUCUACAAUUUCCCAUGACUGGGAUGCCAGCCCACCACAGGUCACUUCUCCAGCCAAGGCUGGUACCAUUUGCUGCUGAUUGGACUAAGAUUGUGCAGAUUAAGUGUCUUGUCCAAGGAUGCAAGAUGUUUGGUGGUAGUCUUCAGUGUUGAGCAGGUCUGUACAUAUUUAAUCAUGGAAAAAGAAUUUCCAUACCAACCAUGGCCCCCAUUUGGCAAAAUGGCUGCCAUUGGGAAUCUUUGAGUAGCCUCUGGGUAUUUCCAUAAGAGUAAUGUAUAAGGAGUAUUUUUGCCAAAAUUCGAUAUCUGCUAUAUUAAGUAAAGUAAGGUUUGUUUCCUCUACCCCUGAUUUAAAGAAUGGUUAGUGCUCGGGCUAAAGGUUCUGUGAAAUGGACAGUCACAGUGGGAAAAUAUUGGCUUCUGAACCUUUUUUCUUCGCUUUUUCCUAAUAUUGUUCCAUCUAAAAAAGAGAUGUUGGGUGUUUUGAUCCUUCUAGUGACUGGAAAAAUAUUCAUUAUCGAAACAUUUUCUGCAGGGUAUUAUGGGUUGAAAACGUUGAGUGUAAAAUAACAUUUUGCUACAACAGGCUUUUGUAACACUGUAAAAAAUAAAUAAAUGCAGUACUUUAAAGCCUUGCUUUAGGAAACAAUAUUGAUGUGAGUUGUAAAUAAAAUAGAGACCAAAAAAAUGUCUGUCAUAUUGUAAAUUGUUAGGUUUCUCUUUUGCUUUGUGCCCGUGAAGAACAAUGAAAGCUGAUGUAAAAGGAAAAAAAAAAAUUCAAAUAUAAAACUUAGGCUGUACAAUUUUUGACGAGCAUUUUUCUACUUUGAUUCAGGCGUGUCAUUAUUAGUUGUUAAUGGACACGGUUUUAAUGUUCUACUUAUGUUGUGUCAUACAUUGGUGUCAUGUUGUCAUCUAUGUUCAUUUAAAUUGUGUGCAUAAUAUCGCAGUAAGAAAGAUCCUUCGUGUUUCCCUCAUGAUGUCGCCUGAGAUGCAAAUUGAUUUGAGAAAAUACUGCAGUUUAAAAUAACUUAAUCUGAAGGCAGUUUAAUUAAAAAAAAAAUUGUUUCAUCACUAAAAAUUCUGAAAGCAUUUUGAACAGCUGGUGUGGGAGAAUUAUUUUGGAUUUCAAAUUGAAUACAACCAUCCUGGCUGAAAUAUAGUUACCAUAGUUGUACUAUGGUUUAAUACCUCAAUCACCAAAGCUCCAUUGUGCACACAAGGAGAAUGAAGCACAAAAUUUGGGAUUGAAUGUGUGUUUUCUGUGACAUAGUUCUCACUCUGUGUUUGAAGAAUUCAGGUUCAUGCAAGGACAAGAAAACCAAUUCAGUGGCUUCUUUGACUUGUUAGCCAAACUGUAAUUUAUCGUUUGAUAUUUUCCUUUUGAGUUGUCUUGGUGUUUAUUUUGUUUUGUUUUUUUUUUUGUUGUUGUGGUUUUAUGUUGUCCACGCAGUGCUAUGCUGCUUCCAUCUUCUAAAGACCUUGAAAUAAAAUGACCAACAAGUCUCAA